AUGAAGUCCCUCCAAGCCGCAACAUCGCAGGCUUUAUCGAUCGGUCUUCGUAAACAAUCUCUUCAAUUCCCUUCUCUUUGUGCGAUCCGUCGUCCUUUGCUACAAGAUCUCAACUCUCAACGCCGCUUCAUCAUGUCAAACAGCGCAGCCUGGCUCACCGCCCCCAAGGCAAGACCUUUCGAGGUCAAGUCUGCUCCGGCCUACACACCUGAAGAGCAUGAGAUCCUUGUGCAAAACCGUGCUGUUGCCAUCAACCCAGUUGACGGCAGUCUCCAAGCUUUUGCGUGGUGGCCUAUGGAGUAUCCCACUAUCCUUGGACAAGAUGUCGCUGGCGAGAUUAUUGCCGUCGGUUCAGGCGUCACGCGUUUCAAGAAGGGUGACCGUGUCGUUGGCCACGCGCUCGGCAUGGCCACCAAGCGCGUCCAAGACAACGGCUUCCAGACACACACUAUUCUUGCGGAUCACAUGGCCACUCCUCUCCCCGAUACAGUUGCCUAUGAGGACGCUGCUGUUAUCCCUCUAGGCCUUUCCACCGCAGCUUGCGGCUUGUUCCAAGAAUCGCCAUUCCUCCAGCUGGAUCUCCCAACUCACCCUGCUCAGAAGUCCAACGGCAAGGCCAUCUUGAUUUGGGGCGGGUCUUCAAGUGUCGGAAGCAACGCCAUCCAGCUGUGUUGUGCUGCCGGCUACGAAGUCAUCACCACUGCUUCGGCCAAGAACUUUGACUACGUCAAGAAGCUCGGUGCCAGCAAAGUUCUGGACUACAAUUCAGCUAGUAUCCAGGAAGACCUCACCAAGGCCCUGCACGGAAAGGAUAUCGCUGGAGUUCUCGAUUGCAUCGGUGGAGAUGCUCUCAAGAUCUCGGUCGACGUCCUUCAAGAGGUCGCUGGCAAAGGCGUUAUCGCCACUACCAAGGGUGGGGUUGACAACCCACCGGAGGGUAUCUCCAUCAAGAGAAUCUUCGGAACCACUCUUAAAGACAAUGCAGUCGGCCGGGCGAUCUAUGUUGACUAUCUGCCAAAAGCUCUUGCUGCUGGCGCUUUCAUUCCUGCUCCCGGCCCACAAAUCGUUGGAAACGGAUUGGAACACGUUCAGCAGGCUGUGGAUCAGAUCAUGAAGGGCGUCUCUGCCACUAAGUUGGUUGUUACUCUGUAG